GCCCAGCGCGUUGCACUUGUCACUUCCGGCUCUUGUUUGAAAUAAAGAGGUUUUGGCUAGUUUUCGAAGCCUAGUUUAUGCGCUUGAAUGGCAGGUUUAUUCAAUGAGGACACACGCGGUGGAACAAAAAGGGUCCUUUAGAGUGAACCACGGGGUCGACUCCACUCUCUCUCCCGUACUAUGUUCAAAAAGAUGACUGAAUUUGGUCCAGAUUCCGGGGGGCGAGUUAAGGGGAUAACCAUCGUGAAGCCCAUCGUGUUUGGGAACGUCGCCCGUUACUUCGGGAAAAAGAGGGAGGAGGACGGACACACGCACCAGUGGUCCGUCUACGUGAAGCCUUACAGAAAUGAGGAUAUGUCUGCCUAUGUGAAGAAGAUCCAGUUCAAGCUUCACGAGAGCUACGGUAACCCUCUGAGAGUGGUGACCAAGCCUCCGUACGAGAUCACAGAGACGGGCUGGGGAGAGUUUGAGAUCAUCGUCAAGAUCUUCUUCAUUGACCCCAACGAGAGACCCGUGACUCUGUACCAUCUGUUGAAGCUGUUCCAGUCAGACUCCAGUGCAAUACCCAAGAAGACUGUUGUCUCUGAAUUCUAUGAUGAAAUGAUCUUCCAGGAUCCUACGGCCAUGAUGCAGCAGCUUCUGACCACUUCGAGACAACUUACCUUGGGUGCAUACAAGCAUGAGACCGAAUUCAAUGAGCUGGAGCAGAGGACAAAGGAGAAAAUGGAGGCAGCAAAGAAGAGAACCAGCCAGGAGAUCACUGAGCUGAAAGACAAACUAAAAGCCAGCAGAGAAAACAUCAACCACCUGAAGGCAGAGAUCAGGAAACUGGAGGAAGACGGAGACCACAAGGACCACUGAGACAUGGACGAACGCACACAAUGUGAUAUGAAAAAAAAAAA